AUGGGAUGGUGGAGGUCCUAUACAUGUGAAGAGAGAUUUUAUAGCUCAUCUCUCACUAUUUUGAUCGGUAUAUUUGUGAUGUUAUGUUUGGUCAUCAAGAAACAAAGAAAGGCUACAGCAACUCCAUUGCCACCAGGUCCCUAUGGCUUGCCAAUAGUCGGGUACCUUCCGUUUGUAGGUACAGAACUUCAUACAAAAUUUGAGCAACUGUGUGGGAUCUAUGGCCCCAUUUAUAAGAUUUGGCUUGCAAAUAAAUUGUGCAUUUUUAUCAGCUCACCCUCGCUAGUUAAAGAAGUUGUUCGUGACCAAGACGCAAUAUUUUCCAAUCGUGAUGCUAACAUAGUUGCACGUACUCUCACAUAUGGUGGAGUUGAUGUUGCUUUUUCCCCGAAUGGUCCUGACUGGAAGAUGUUGCGGAAGAUAUUUGUGAGAGAGAUGUUAAGUCCAGCAAAUCUUGAUUGUAACUACGCUUUAGGAGAGAAGAGGUAA